UUUGCACCGGAACUGGUGGCGCCGAUCAGCGUGCACGAUGUCACAACGACACCAGCUGAACCGACAGUUACACCGCCGCGUCCCGUCGACGAGCGCAUUGAGCACCGUGUAACUCCGAAAGACGAGACGGUCGAAUUUUUUAUUAGCAAGGAUGUUUUACCGGGAAAUUAUAUUGGUGCUGUCGCUACGUUGUCUUCCUCCCAUAUUCCUGACGGUCAGUCUACAAACGUUAAAGGGAUUACUGUUUUUGACAGCGAAACUUCUGAAUUCUCUGGCAGAAUAGGGAUCUCAAAUGCGUUCGAGAUCAUCUAUCCUGGCGGCCGAUUUUUGCCCGUGCGAAUUUCUGGGCGGCGAGAGCAACCUGUCCAAAACCUGUCGACUUUGAUUGUAACUGACCACGAGAAAUUAGGAGACAAACUGCUUUCGGUAUCGUCGGUGCGUCACUCUCUCGGUAUCAUACAUCGCAACGGCCCGAAAGAUUCUUUUUUUGAAACUGUUACUGAGAUUAUUGCCGACCGCACCUCAGAUGCUUCCAUAAAUCUUUCGAUACUUGAUGAAGAAGAACCUUUUCGAAUCAGUCACAAUGUUCUUAACAUACCGGACAGCUUGCAAGAAUCGACUGCUGAAAUCCUUGUACCAGAAGAUGAAUACCUGCAUUCUGCACCUAUUUCUUUCAACUGGAAAAAGACCCUCCAUCGAACUGGACCGAAGGACACCUUUUUCGAAUCAUUAACCGCAUUGGUGCCCGAAAAAAUCACUUUUCCGGAAGACGGCACCGUCGUUCCCUUUACAGUGGCUCCGGAAAGUGUUCUUGUCGAGAGAUCACCGUUGCAACCGUUGCCAUCUUUUGAGGUCACUCUUGUGGACGAGUCAGGAACACUGCACGCCCCAUUAGAACAUCUUCCAAGUUUGGAGGAUUCUACGAGUUCAAUGAACCUUUCUGGUUGGACCACUCUUUCGCGGGUGUCAUCAUCCAGUCGAAUCAGUAUUCGCACUAGCAUUUUUGCUGCUGAGGAAGAAUCAACUGACAUGCUGGCGGCAGAUGUUAACAGCAGCACGGAAAUCUUAUCACCAAGAAUUCUCUCCCGAGGAUCUAGCCGAGCAUCCUACGUUAUUCCGUCACCGGUGCCGCAAGAGCGGUUAAGUUCCGAAGCGCUUCGGCAAUACCUGGAAACCGAAGCCGGUACGAUCGAAAAGUGGCUGCAGGAUGCUCAAGAAACGGACUCCAUGCAGUAUGCCGAAGAAGAAGAAAAUGUACAGACAAUUACCAGUACUGUAACGACAACGAUUCAGUCGAUUUCCACCGAUGAUUUCGAAACCAUCAGUACGAUGACUGUCCAGUCAGAGCGCUCCAACGUGUUCAGCUCUACUGAUUCCCUGCGGACAGUUUCCUUUGACCCCGAAGAAGAAUCCGAAACUGUGAUUGUGACAUCCACUUAUGAAAUGCGCGAAGAAGUUACAGAAGAAUUUUCCAUGCCUAGACUAUCCGAAACCGCCACCGGGACGUUUGUCCGACCCUUGGAAAUGCCUGUGCUACCUACGCGCAAUAUCAGUGUUCUAUCAUCCGAGAACAAAGCAUCGACACGAACGGCGACAACCACAACGACCGUACAUGAAGAACAUUCUUGCCUGAUUGCCUAUCGUUACCGUUACGACAUUGCUAUCCGAAAGCUGCGCUCUUUGAAAAAUAUGGUUGUCAAUCCGGAAGUGCAGUACAUCGAUCCAGACGUGCUGGAAACAGAACGCGAACGUUUUGCGUACCUAUUGGAUCGAUUAAUUCGCACCAACGGAGAACUUGGACGGCUGGAUGACCUUUUCAGAGCUAUUCUAGUAGUCGCACCGGACAUCGACCUGCGAUUAUUCGAAGAAGAGCACAAGCAGCUGAAUGCUUUAUACAUGCAUUUGUUGACAUACAUCAGGAAAGUUUUGCGCCGUGAAAAAUACCUGCGUAAACUACUGGAGGACUAUCAGAAGGAACGCAUGGAAUUCAAGAUGGACUUGCUUGACCAGUUGACGUAUUUGAGGACAAACGAACAGUCAGAAGAAGAACAACAGAUUCGUUUCGCAGCUGUCUUGGAGAGAGCCAUGUACAUAAAAUAUGCAACGUAUCAAAUUAUGGUUCGGUCAACUCCGGAAUUUGCCGCUAAGUUGGAAGAAGAGGUGGUUGAAACGCUCCUCAUGCUUCGAGACGAACUUGCGGACCAUGCCGGCAUCGAUAGCGGAUCGGUAGUGGAACACAUUAUGCGAGCAAGAGAAGUGGAAUAUUUCGAGAGACACCAGGCCAUUGUAAUACGCACGACCACCGACGGCGAUAAUUCCGAGACCGUUAUGUCCACAACAUCUUCCUCCACAUCCCAGCUCACCAUUUUACCCGCUCAGCCAGCGCAACAUCCCGUGUGGAAUGCUGUGCGGAAAGCGCUACCAAUGCAGACUCUAGCAUUAGUCCUAAUUGGAUUUGCUUCACUUAUUCCCAUGGCCAACGAUGACUACUCGUGCCUUUUCGACAACUAUUUUGCCUCCUCGUCGAUGAAUCCGAUGGUGCAGUUUCAAGGGACACCACCAUUUUGAGUCCUGAACACUGCGUCUUGUGAUAGUGAAGCUUGUACAUAUUCUCUGUGAAAUCCAAAGGUUAUCGGUUUGUGACAAAGAAAAUGGGUGAUUGAAAAGGGUGCCUUUGUUUUGUUAUUAAGUAUAUUUAUUAAGUAUUUGUCCCAAAUCACCACUUGAUGUCCGGUUAGCAGAGUUGCAGUUCCGCAGCUAAACUGUGGAAUUUUGUUAGUGUGUCAAGAUGUUCUUAACUAUUGCAUACACAGUUCACUUAUUAAUAAAUUACUAGUACGA